AGGAUUGCACCCCAAGACACACCAGCAAUAAAAUACAUUGAACUGCAGACUGUUGAGAAGGUAGCAAUUCAGCACAGACAUUUUGUUGGUGGGGGAGAUAUGUUAAAGCUCUAUUCAGGAUAGCACCUCCAUACCAAAAUUGAAAAAAAAUCUUGUGUGUGCUUGUGUAUUUCUGUCAUGCCAUGGAAUUUUUCAGAUGGAAGACUAUUUCACCGUAUGAGCUUCGGCUUGCAACCUGAAGGGUUAGGCAUUUAACUAGCAUAUCCUCGUGGCUUUUUAAAUUGAUACCCACACCAGCAGUAGUAUCCAGAAAGAAUAAGGUACUAGUACAGUUCUACACCAGUGUCUUGUUCCUUGUGUAGGUGGUAAUGUAUGAACCUCUCUUGACCCAGAAAGUUGCUGCUAGUAUGGCGACUGUUGAUGCCAGUCAGUGGGAUGAGACAGUUUGCAAUAUGAUUGCUUGCCAACACCCACCGUGCUGGGAGGCAAUGCGGAGGAUCGAGAGUGGGCAUCCCAGGAUCCUGUUAGGAGCCCUUGACUCAUCUGGGAGAGAACUCCCAGAAUCUGAAAAUGGCCUGCCAACACUGAAGGUUUUCAACCUUCCCCUCAAUUAUUCUGAGAGAGGGAGGAUCAGAUCUGCUGCAAGUUUUGGUUCCAUCUCCAAGACCAUCUCCAGCAUCAAAGAUGUGAAAAGUUAUUUUUCAAAUUCCACCCUGAAUGAUACUGUGCUACAUCCCUUCUUUGUAAUGAGUUCCGAGAGGAAUCCCUUUCCAGGAUUGAACUCCAGGAUGGAAUCUCAGACCCCCCACUUCAGCCCAAUCAGUUUCAACUGCUUGAGGCAAACUGAGAAAAUUCAAGUAACAGAUCUUGGUGAGUUUGCGGUACACAAACUGGGUUGCCAGCCAGCCUAUGGAAACGUGAUUGUCAGGUGGGUCCCUGACAAGCGGCACAGACUUCCGCGGCCUGAGAAGCCAGGAGAGGUGCCACCUGCACACAGAACGUGUGUGAAAGACCUUGCUUUGGAAAGCCUCCUCUCUUUUAAGGAGAAGAAAGAAGUGAAGAGAAAGAAGUCAAAUAAAGUUCCUACGGGAGGCCAGCCCUACCUCUUUCAUCUGAGGAGGAGCCAAAAGGUUUCUGCCAGCACAUCAAGUCUGGUAGGCAAAGAAAGGAAUCCAGAGACAAGCCCUGUCCAGAAGGGGCAGUUCGCCCCAUGCCGUCUGCACCUGGUUCCAGUCGUGUCACCACAAAAUGGAAGCACCAUUAACCUAGAGAACGGAAGAGGAAUGUUGUCAGAAAACAAGGAGAAACUGGCACCCCCAUUUACUGUGCAGAAGGCACCCAAUUUAUACCAAAUCAGGACAAAGAUUCCCACGAAAGAAAGAGCUUCAAGAAGUCCCAGCAAAGUGACGUUUGCCUUACAAGGCUCGGGGUUCUUCCAACAUGCCACUCCAGACCUGGCCCUGCGGCUGGAUGCCGCUGGUGAGCAGUGCCGUAAAUUAAGAGAAGUGCUGCCAGAAAAGUCCCAGCAGCUCCAGGAAGUUUCUGCGACCGCUGACCCUCGGCCCUUGUUGCCCAUCAUGCCUGGUGCCAGGAGGAGGUCUUCUGUGAGGUUUGUGGAGUGCAGGAGCAACGCAGCCACUGAGCAAAUGGCAGGGUACGAGAACGUUGUUCCCCGGAUGCAGCAAUCAGAAUCCAGGUACAACCAGUACUGCAAGCAACUUGCAAGCCAACGGGAGGCCACCCUGGCUCAGACUAGGGCUCUGUCUGCAGCCGGCAGGGAGCUCUGGCCUGAGGAAGCGACCCAAAGCCACCCUGAGGAGACCUUCCUGCCACCACUGGGGUUUCUGAACCCUCCUCCCCCUCCCCCCUCCCCCCUCAUCCCUGAGAACAGUGAUAAUCCGUCCUUAGAACUGACUUGAAGCUGGCAGGGAUAUGUGUCUGUAGGCAGCUGCCCACUCUGGGGAUGGCCACGUCUUUUUGUAUGGGAGAGGCUGAGCUUACAGUGAUUAAAAUUCCACUUUUUCA